UUACAACAAAGUAUCUACCAUUAAUGGUAAAUACGUGAAUUGGAUGACUAAUAUGGACGACAUUUCUAUUAAUGGUAAAAAACUUAAAUACAAGAUAAAAUCUGCAGUAUUUGAUCCUUCCUUAAAUUGCGUAUAUAUGUCAUCUGGUAAUGCUGAAGCCUAUCAUAAAUUAAUUAACGGAACAAGCCAGAUUUGUAAUGAUGUUGCAUGUGUAUAUACUGUGCCCUGUAACUCAACUGAUAGAGUAGAAUAUAUAUUUAAUGGAAUCAAUUAUCCUUCAAGCCUGAUCAGCGGGAAUGUUAAUAAUAUUAGUUGUGUUUCUGCAGUUCAAGGUGGAGCAGAUUCUGAUGAUAUUUUGUUAGUUGGAGAACCAUUUCUCAAAGAAGUUUACACAGUCUAUAACAUAAAAGAUUUUACGAUUGGACUUGCUCCCGCAUCUAAAACA